CAAUUUUAAACAGGACGGCCCACUAAAACUGGAAGGCGCCAAGUCUUAAAUGUUAGUUGCAAGUUCAAUGGUGUAACUAGGUCCGUAGGAACAGUGUAGAAGAUUUUUCAAGAGGAUGCAUACAUUAGUAGUCCGUUCGUUUUUCUAAUAGCUGGAGACAGGAAAUCGCCUUAACAUUUUUAUUAGGAACAGUCUGCUACUCUAUUAUCGAGGUCAGUCCAUAAAUUGUCAGUUUAUUUUUGAAAAUUAGUUUGGGGUUGUGGGUUUUUAGAAAUCAGAAACAUGAAAGGUCACGUGACCUGACAAUUAUCCACAAACUUCUGGUCAAGCAGAUUUUUGUCCGGGCAUCGCAAAUAUUGGUGUAGUGGUUCGUGUGAUACUGCAGAUUUUCUGGGUAAUGGAGAUUUUGUGCAAUUACUCUCAAAAUCCAGUGGUUGGUUCGUCGAAAAGCAGUCACACGGAGCAUGAACCAGUCCCAGUAUCAGCCAAAGUGCAAGAUACCACUGCUUCUCAGCGACGAAAUAUCAAUUGCACGAGUUCAAAUAUCUUUAGUAGUCUUCAACAUACCCAUCUUCCUGUAGCCCCCAAUCCGAAUGUCUUAUUUAAGAACGAACUGACAGAAAAUUACUCCGACAAUUUGGCACCGCGUAUAUCACCAUACCUUCUUGGGAUGCUCCAGUGUAGACCAGUUUCCUUACCUCUUACUCGGAACGUUGUGAAAGAGGGAUGGCUUAUGAAACGCGGCGAACAUAUUAAAAAUUGGCGACGUCGAUAUUUCAAAUUACGGAAGAUGGGACAUUUUAUGGAUAUAAAAUUCAACCUAAAGAUGAUAUGGCGCAACCUUUAAAUAAUUUCACUGUUCGCGACUGUCAAAUUAUAUGUUUAAACAAGCCAAAACCAUACACAUUUCUUAUUCGUGGUUUACAAUGGACCAAUGUAGUGGAACGUUUAUUCUUUGUCGAGACGGAAGCAGAAAGAAAUUAUUGGCUUAGCGCAAUUCAAAGCGUCGCAAAUCGACUCAAAUCAUCAUUUGAGCAGCCAGUAUCCGUACACAGUUUAGAUUUGGCUGAAAAUAUGAUCGUUGAUAUUCCUCAGAGGCCUGUGAAACGUUAUUCUGUAAAUGACUUCAGACUUUUAAAAGUUUUAGGGAAAGGUACUUUUGGAAAAGUGAUUUUGUGUCAAGAAAAUGAAACAGGUCAUUUUUACGCUAUGAAAAUACUAAAGAAAUCUGUACUUAUUGAAAAAGAAGAAGUUGUUCAUACAAUGACUGAAAAUCGUGUGCUACAACAAUGCAAACAUCCAUUUAUGACAGAGCUACGUUAUUCAUUUACUACACCUAAUUAUUUAUGCUUUGUUAUGGAAUAUGUUAAUGGUGGUGAAUUAUUUUUUCAUCUACAACGCGAUCGUGUAUUCUCGGAAGAAAGAGCUAAAUUUUAUGGUGCAGAAAUUACUCUGGCUUUAGGUUAUUUACAUCACCAAAAUGUUGUUUAUAGGGAUCUUAAAUUGGAAAAUUUAUUGUUGGAUAAAGAUGGUCAUAUAAAAAUCGCUGAUUUUGGUCUGUGCAAAGAAGACAUGUACUAUGGUGCAUCAACUAAAACAUUUUGUGGUACACCAGAAUAUUUAGCACCUGAAGUUUUAUUGGAUAACGAUUAUGGGCGUUCAGUUGAUUGGUGGGGCCUUGGUGUAGUAAUGUAUGAAAUGAUGUGUGGACGUUUACCAUUCUACUCAAGUGAUCAUGAAGUUUUGUUUGAACUAAUACUGCAAGACAAUGUCUCCUUCCCAGCUCGUCUUUCACACCCAGCUCAAGAUAUCUUGUCUAGACUUUUAAUUAAAGAUCCAACAAGUCGAUUAGGUGGUGGAGUACAGGAUGUUUUGGAAGUUAUGGCACAUUUGUUUUUUGCGUCAGUCGAUUGGGAUCGUUUAAUAAGAAAAGAUAUUCAACCACCAUGGAAACCAGACGUGGUCGAUGAAAAAGACACAAAAUAUGUCCCAGAUGAAUUCAAGGAUACGUCAUUUCUAAUAAUAGUAAAUUGUGACAGUAAGGGAAUUUCAAGCAACUGUGCAACUCAGAAAUGCGCUUCAUCUUUGAAGGCUGCAGUGUCUACAAAACAUCUUGUCGCGUCACCAACUUUCUCUCAGUUCAAUUAUGUUAUCCGUAGACAGUUUUCUAAUACCCCAUCAGACAAUUCUGUAAACAAUGUUUCUGAUUUAGUAAAAGGAAGUCGUAUUGUGCUUUUUAUGAAAGGGAAUCCCAAUGAACCACGAUGUGGUUUCAGCAAUGCUGUUUGUCGUAUCCUAGAAAUGCAUGGAAUUCUAGAAAAAGCAAGUAAAGGAGAUGACCCAGAUCUGUUCGCAUCAUAUGAUGUCUUAGAGAAUGAAGACCUACGAGCUGCUGCUAAAGUGUUUGCUGACUGGCCCACUUUCCCUCAGUUAUAUUUCGACGGUGAAUUUAUUGGUGGUUGUGAUAUUCUUUUAGAUAUGCAUCGUUCUGGGAAACUGACGGAAGAAUUAGAACGUCUCGGUAUUGGGUCUGCUUUAACUAAAGUAUCAGACAAAGACGAAACAUGA